AUGGUCGUUAUCGCGGUAGCAGGAGGCUUCGGCGACUUGGGCAAAUUGAUCGUCGAAUCCCUCUUAGCGACAGGUAAACAUGAGGUUUACUCGCUGACUCGGAAGCCUCCUUCUUCCGCCAAGCCAAUCAAGGGUCCAGGCGGAAAGGAAUAUCUCCCCAUUAUCCAAACAGAUUACGCGGAGGAAAAGUCCAUCACUACGGCCCUUGAAGAGAAAAACGUCCAUACCAUCAUCUCUACCUUGGGCCUGGAUUUUGAAGAUGUCUCUAACGCCCAGCUACGGCUGAUAAGUGCCGCUGCCGCUUCGAAAUGUGUCAAGCGGUUCGCGCCGUCGGAAUUUAAUGUCGACUACGACUUGCCUGACUCUGUCCUGCCAUACCCGGAGAAGCGCUUCCACAGCGUCGCUCGUCGAGCGAUUGAGAAGACGAGGCUUGAGUAUACCUACUUUGUCUGUGGCAUGUUCAUGGAUUACUUUGGAAUGCCCAAGAUUGAGAGUCCCCUGCGCCCAACCUACUCCAUUCUCGACCUGCAAAACAACCAAAUCAAGGUCCCUGGCAAUGGCAAGGCCAUCCUUGCAAUGACCAUGGCCAGGGAUGUUGGGCGAUAUGUGGCUGCUGCGGUUGACUUGCCACAAUGGCCCAAGGUCCUUACCAUCAUCGGGUCACAAAUCUCACUCAACGACCUGGUUGACGUGGCAGUCGCGGCCAAGGGGAACCCCGAGGAAAUUGAGGUCAAGAGGUAUCCGAUUCAAGACUUUUUAAACCAUUCGGUCCCCCUCCUUCCCAGCAAUGAGCCCAUUGCCCAUCAAUUCCCUGGUGGCGAGGAACAGUUACGUGCCCUGCUUUGCGACAUGGAUGCAGCUGUCGGUCUAGGGGCUUUUGAUAUUGCCAAGAUCGAAGGGUCCUCUGAUCUUGUCGAGUUCCUUGGGGACUCCAUUGAAAAGCCCAUUCUCGCACCAAAUUUUUCCUCGCCCGAAACUUCUUCUGAGUUACCAGCUAUGUCAUUUCGAGAGCAGAUUCGAGGUGAAGGCAUGGUUGAAGUCAAUGACUCUUCUAUGAUCCAGGGCACGGUUGAAGAAUUUCUGGAUGGUCUCGACGGGCAUAUCUACGCUGAUAUUGAAGGGCUAGCUGCGAUUUUCCUCGAAGACCAGCCUUGGUCUGGCCCAGCGAUCGCAAUAGCCAGAGAAGUUGCAACAUCACACAGACUGGCAAUCAAAUCAUACGAGGCGUUUGCUACCUGGAUCAAGAAUGUGCAAAAUGCUGCUCGACCUUACCAGAUAUUAGGAGAAAAUGCCACUCAGCCCAUGUGGCUCGAAACAAUACCACGGAAGUCCCUCGUUCUCACAAACGGUACCGGUAGUCCCACGUGGUCAAGCGUUCUUGCGCUCGGCGAAAUAACGAUCGAUUGUCCCUUCAUGGUCGGUUUCCGCAAUCUGUGUGCUCGCGCGACGAAGUCUUCGCCCAUCAACCCGGCCGUAUUCUUCUGCAUGGUUUUUAUCUUUGUGAGGACACCCGAUCUUGUGACCCAAAUUAUUGCUAGCUAUCUACUCAUGGACGAUGCCUCACUUGGUGUGAGUGAUUUGAUCAAACAUGAUUACCGGGGCAAUUAUAUUGAGUGCGAAUUUGGUGGUGCAGCGAAGGCUUGCUGGUUGUACCUAGAUGAUUCGCCGAUCUUUGCACGAGUCAACAAGACUAUUUUCAGUGACGGGCUUACUUGCUACCGCGCUCAGUUACAGAGCGCCAAUGACUGGAACUAUGCUGUUAAGAUUAAAUGGUGUGAGCUCGACGAAGGUUCUGAGACUGAAAUGCUUGAGCUGGCUACGGAGAAAGACUGCAAGGCAUGUCAGUCCUGGGUCUGCAUGCGACUAUAUAUCGGGACCCCCAAAGGACGAGGAGGCAAUUCCGGCGAUGCGCCACAUGCAACUAUCGGAGAAAAGAUGCUUAAAUAUGUCGUUGUUGCACCGCUUGGCGAAUCGCUUCAUCGGUUUAAAUCUAUUCCAGGACUUCUGUGCGCGUUACGAGACGCAUUAAAGGGCCAUCGUUCACUGUAUCAAGAUGGAGGAAUUCUUCAUCAAGACAUCUCUCCUGGGAACAUCAUUAUCCCAGCGCAUGGCAUGGAGCAUGACCUCCAAGGACCCAAGGGUGUCUUGAUUGAUUUGGAUCUUGCAAGCCCGGUGACGACCCCAUCGAAGCAAUUUGAAAGCGUUGGAACACCACCUUUCCAGGCGAUCGGCCAGUUCCGGUGGGCGAAAACCAACUACAAUUACCAGCAACAAGCGCAUUGCAGAGGCCGACCUGUCGACAAGGCGAGGACCAAGACAAAGGACAUGCAUGCCGAAAGCUUCCGCGCCAUAAUGGACGAGUUUACACCCGAAUUCAAGGUGCUUUUCGACUUAGCGGAGGAACUUAGAGAACUUCUUUUUCCCAUGAGAGACGGGAAGUUGUGGACGGGAACCGACCAUACAACACAGGGCACCGCAUCCCUUUAUAACGGAAUGAUCGACGCGUUUGACAAAGCAGCCAAAAUUGCACGCUGA